AUGAACCCUAUGUUGCUCGCCCGCGCUUCGCGCGCUCAGGUGAUGCGCCCGGCUACGUUGCUGGUGCGCCACAGCAGUGUGUGGUCGGCUGUCAAGGCUGGCCCGCCUGACCCAAUUCUCGGUGUGACAGAAGCGUUCAAGCGCGACCAGGACCCACGCAAAAUCAACUUGGGUGUGGGUGCCUACCGUGAUGGCAACGGUAAGCCGUACGUGCUCCCCAGCGUGCGUGAAGCGGACAAGCGUGUGCUUGAGGCGCAGUACGACAAGGAGUACUUGCCCAUCACCGGUCUUGCCGAGUUUGACAAGCUCGCGGCUAAGCUGGCGUACGGCGAAAACUCGGCCCCGCUGAAGGAGAACCGUAUUGCCAUGACGCAAUCGAUUUCUGGUACUGGUGCUCUGCGUAUUGCUGGUGAGUUCCUGGCCCGCCACUACGCCUACUCGAAGACGGUCUACCUCCCGACUCCGACGUGGGGCAACCACAUCCCGAUUUUCAAGGACUCGGGCCUGGAGGUGAAGCAGUACGCAUACUAUGACAAGAACACCGUCGGCCUCGACUUUGAGGGUAUGUUGCGUGACCUGCGUGAGGCACCGGAGCAGAGCAUUGUCCUCCUGCACGCCUGUGCGCACAACCCUACCGGUGUGGACCCGACCCAAGAGCAGUGGAAGAAGAUCUCGGAGGUGGUGAAGGAGAAGAAGCACUUCCCUCUCUUCGAUAUGGCGUACCAGGGCUUUGCUAGUGGUGACACGGACCGCGACGCUUUCGCCGUGCGUCACUUUGUUGAGCAGGGCCACGAAAUUGCGCUGUGCCAGAGCUUCGCUAAGAACAUGGGUCUCUAUGGUGAGCGAUGCGGUCUCUUCUCGCUGGUGACGGCUGACGAGGACGUGCGUGCCCGCGUGGACAGCCAGCUGAAGAUCACCGUGCGCCCGUUGUACUCGAACCCGCCGGUGCAUGGUGCUCGCAUUGCCGCUACCAUUCUUGGCGAUGCUCAGCUGUACCAGCAGUGGCUGGGCGAAGUGAAGGGCAUGGCUGACCGUAUUGGCAGCAUGCGCACGUCGCUCAAGGAUCUGCUUGUGAACGAGUACGGCUCGAAGCGUAACUGGGACCACAUCACCAACCAGAUUGGUAUGUUUGCCUUCCUGGGUAUUACGCCGGAGCAGGUGGCGGAGCUUGUGAACAAGUACCACAUCUACCUCACUAGCAAUGGUCGUAUCUCCGUCGCUGGUAUCACAGAGAGCAACAUUCGCCACCUGGCCGAGUCGCUUCACAAGGUGACCUCGGCAUAA